AGAGCCGGGGCUGCCGCUGCGCCCCUGGGCGCCUGGAGACCUUUGCCCCCUUCCUGCUGCUGCUGCUUCUCCCCGCUCCUGGACGUGAACCUCUUCUACGGCUUCUUGUACCUGGCCCUCUACGCCCAGGUGUCCCAGUCCAAGUCCUGCGACAAAAUCUCCUGCUUCUCGGGUCACUGUGUCAACUCCACCUGCGUCUGCGACCAGGGCUGGGUGGGAGACCAGUGCCAGCACUGCCAGGGCAGGUUCAAGUUAACAGAGCCUUCUGGAUAUUUAACAGAUGGACCAAUAAAUUAUAAAUAUAAAACUAAAUGUACAUGGUUAAUUGAAGGAUUUCCUAAUGCAAUACUAAGAUUAAGAUUUAAUCACUUUGCUACAGAAUGUAGUUGGGACCAUAUGUAUGUAUAUGAUGGAGAUUCAAUAUAUGCACCUUUAAUAGCUGUAUUUAGUGGUCUAAUAGUCCCUGAAGUGCGUGGAAAUGAAACUGUUCCUGAAGUAGUUACUACAUCUGGCUAUGCAUUGCUACACUUUUUUAGUGAUGCUGCUUAUAACUUAACUGGAUUUAACAUUUUUUACUCAAUUAAUUCUUGUCCUAAUAACUGCUCGGAACAUGGGAAGUGUACAACCAGUGUGUCUGUUCCAAGCCGGGUGUACUGUGAGUGUGACAAAUACUGGAAGGGAGAAGCCUGUGAUAUUCCGUAUUGUAAAGCCAACUGUGGUAGUCCAGAUCAUGGAUACUGUGAUUUGACAGGCGAGAAGCUGUGUGUUUGCAAUGAUAGCUGGCAAGGUCCGGAUUGUUCUUUGAAUGUCCCUUCCACGGAGUCUUACUGGAUUCUACCAAACGUAAAACCAUUCAGCCCUUCUGUGGGCCGGGCUUCCCAUAAGGCAGUUCUACAUGGAAAAUUUAUGUGGGUGAUUGGUGGAUACACUUUUAACUACAGUUCAUUCCAAAUGGUGUUGAAGCUUUGUCUUAACUUGCAGAUAGUGAAAUUAUACCACGUAUUAAGUUCUUGUUUCUAUCGAAGAUAUGAGGCAGCUGGAGCAUUUCUCCCUCUCUCCUCUCCCUUCCAAUUUUUACAGGAGGACAUCUACAUGUAUGGAGGCAAAAUUGAAACAAAUAAUGGGAAUGUUACUGAUGAGUUGUGGAUUUUCAACAUACACAGUCAAGCAUGGAGUACCAGAACUCCUGCGGUACUUGUACAUGGCCAGCAAUAUGCUGUGGAGGGUCAUUCAGCACAUAUAGUAGAACUGGACAGCAGAGAUGUGGUUAUGAUAAUCAUUUUUGGAUACUCUGCCAUAUAUGGUUAUACAAGCAUUGUGCAAGAAUACUACAUCAGGUCUAAUUCUUGGCUUGUACCAGAAACUAAAGGAGCAAUUGUGCAAGGUGGAUAUGGUCAUACAAGUGUCUAUGAUGAACUGACAAAAUCUAUUUAUGUCCAUGGUGGAUACAAAGCAUUACCUGGCAAUAAAUAUGGAUUGGUGGAUGAUCUUUACAGAUAUGAAGUUAACACUAGGACAUGGACUAUUUUGAAAGAGAGUGGUUUUGCAAGGUAUCUUCAUUCAGCUGUCUUAAUCAAUGGAGCUAUGCUCAUUUUUGGUGGAAACACUCAUAACGAUACUUCCCUGAGUAAUGGUGCAAAGUGUUUUUCUGCUGACUUUCUUGCGUACGAUAUAGCUUGCGAUGAAUGGAAGAUUUUACCAAAACCUAAUCUCCAUCGAGAUGUAAACAGAUUUGGUCACAGUGCUGUUGUCAGUAAUGGGUCCAUGUACGUAUUUGGGGGGUUUUCAAGCGUUCUUUUGAAUGACAUCCUUGUGUACAAGCCUCCAAACUGUGAAGCAUUCAGAGAUGAAGAACUAUGUAAAAAUGCUCGUCCGGGGAUAAGAUGUCUGUGGAACAAGAAGCACUGUGAAUCCUGGGAAUCUGGACAUGCUAAUAACAUCCUUAGAGCAAAAUGUCCUAAAAAGACAGCUCCUGCAGAUGAUAGAUGUUACAGAUAUGCAGACUGUGCAAGCUGUACUGCCAAUACGAACGGAUGCCAGUGGUGUGAUGACAAGAAGUGCAUUUCAGCAAAUAGUAACUGUAGCAUGUCUGUUAAAAACUACACCAAAUGUCAUGUGAGAAAUGAACAGAUCUGCAAUAAACUGACCAGCUGUAAAAGCUGCUCACUACACCUGAACUGCCAGUGGGACCAGCGGCAGCAAGAAUGCCAGGCGUUACCUGCUCAUCUGUGUGGGGAAGGAUGGAGUCAUAUUGGAGAUGCCUGCCUCCGCAUAAAUUCUAGUCGUGAAAGCUAUGACAAUGCCAAACUAUAUUGCUACAAUUUAAGUGGGAAUCUUGCCUCGUUAACAACCUCAAAAGAAGUGGAAUUUGUUCUGGAUGAAAUACAGAAGUAUACACUUCAGAAAAUUUCACCUUGGGUAGGUUUACGGAAGAUCAACAUCUCGUACUGGGGAUGGGAUGACAUGUCUCCUUUUACAAAUACGACUCUGCAGUGGCUUCCUGGAGAGCCAAACGACUCUGGCUUCUGUGCAUACCUGGAAAGAGCAGAGGUGGCAGGUCUGAAAGCGAAUCCAUGUACUGCGAUGGCAGAUGGUCUUGUCUGUGAAAAACCUGUUGUUAGUCCCAAUCAGAAUGCUAGACCCUGCAAAAAGCCAUGCUCCCUGCGAACAACGUGUUCUAACUGCACAAGUAAUGGUAUGGAGUGUAUGUGGUGCAGCAGUACAAAACGAUGUGUUGACUCAAAUGCCUAUAUAAUCUCCUUCCCAUAUGGACAGUGUCUGGAAUGGCAAACAGCCACAUGUUCCCCUCAAAACUGCUCUGGACUGAGGACCUGUGGGCAAUGUUUGGAACAGCCUGGAUGUGGAUGGUGUAACGAUCCCAGCAAUACCGGGAAAGGACAAUGUUUGGAAGGAUCAUCGAGAGGACCAAUGAAGCCUGUUGGCAUGCACUCCAGUGAAAUGGUGCUUGAUGCUAGUCUUUGUCCAAAAGAGAAAAGCUAUGAGUGGUCUUUUAUCCAAUGUCCAGCUUGCCAGUGUAAUGGCCACAGCACCUGCAUCAACAGUAACGUUUGUGAUCAGUGUAAAAACUUAACAACAGGAAAACAAUGUGAAACAUGCAUGCCAGGAUACUAUGGGGAUCCCACAAAUGGAGGGCAGUGUACAGCUUGCACGUGCAGUGGUCAUGCAAAUAUUUGUCACAUGCAAACAGGAAAAUGUUUCUGUACAACUAAAGGAAUCAAAGGAGACCAAUGUCAACUCUGUGACUCUGAAAAUAGGUAUCUUGGAAAUCCACUUAGGGGAACAUGUUACUACAGCCUUUUGAUUGAUUACCAGUUUACCUUCAGCUUAUUACAAGAGGAUGAUCGCCAUCAUACUGCUAUAAACUUCAUAGCAAAUCCAGAACAGUCAAAUAAAAAUUUGGAUAUAUCAAUUAAUGCAUCAAACAACUUUAACCUCAAUAUUACAUGGUCUAUUGGUUCUACGGCUGGGACAAUAUCUGGAGAAGAGAUUCCUGUUGUUUCUAAGACUAAUAUUAAGGAAUACAGAGAUAGCUUUUCCUGUGAAAAGUUUAACUUCCGGAGCAACCCAAACAUCACUUUCUAUGUUUAUGUCAGCAAUUUUUCCUGGCCAAUUAAAAUACAGAUUGCCUUCUCACAGCACAAUACAAUCAUGGAUCUCGUGCAGUUCUUUGUCACCUUCUUCAGUUGUUUCUUAUCCUUACUGCUGGUAGCUGCUGUCGUUUGGAAAAUCAAACAAACCUGUUGGGCUUCUCGACGGAGAGAGCAACUUAUGCGAGAGCGACAGCAGAUGGCCAGCCGCCCCUUUGCUUCUGUCGAUGUAGCACUGGAAGUAGGAGCUGAGCAAACAGACUUUCUACGAGGGCCAUUAGAGGGUGCUCCUAAACCAAUUGCCAUUGAGCCAUGUUCAGGAAACAAAGCAGCAGUCCUCACAGUCUUUUUAUGUCUACCAAGAGGAUCAUCAGGAGUCCCACCCCCGGGUCAGUCAGGUCUUGCAAUUGCAAGUGCGCUGAUAGACAUUUCACAACAGAAGCCUGCGGACUGUAAAGAUAAGAGUUCAGGAGUCAGAAAUCGAAAACAUCACCUUUCAACACGUCAAGGAACUUGUGUCUGAGAUCCAAAAACUGCAAUUGUAUAUUCUGUAAUGUUUUCUUUUUAAAUGGCUUCCAUUGAAAGCUAUACUACAGCCUCAGUUUUUAUGGAGGCAAACCUAUGAAUGAACGCAUGAGGUAAUGUGCUCCGUUACAGUCUCACUAGCAGCCUACUAUACCCCAAAGCAGAACAAACUUAUGGUAGGUGUGGGUAUAUUUGAUGAGCUUUAAAAAAACAGUGGAUUCUGAUAUCAGCAAAAUAUGAAAUAAAAUGCCUAGUAUGCUUAAUUCUGAACAUAUCAGAGCAGGAAAAAUCCUUGAAAACAGCUAGGAAAAGCUGUACAUUGUUUUGUAAUGUAGAAGGAAAUUAUAUAACUGAAAAUUAAGUAAAUUCCAGAAAACUAAAGAACAUUUUGUAUAGCUUAAUGUAAUAAUGAGAAUUGUACAGUUCUUUCCUUGUAAUCAGCAUUAAGAUGUCUUUCCAGAUUUAGGUGUUCUUUUAUCAUUGCCUCAAGUAGGUAGGCAGCUUUUGAAUUUAGUAGGUAUGUAUAGCCGAGAACACUACACAGAAUAUUUAAAUGAUCAUUUCAUAUAAAAGCUUGAUUUGAGCAUUUCAUGGUUUUUUUUUCACCUUGCAAAAGGCUCAGAAAUAUAAUCUGGGCUACAGCAGAAUGAUAGGUGGGCUUUCAUGAAUCUAUUGGUAAGAUUUUUUUUUUUUAAUUCUGAAUGAGAUAUUUUACAAAGAGUGCAUGUCAGUCUUCCGUGCCAGCUAACUCAUUACGAAAAUUGAUUGAGCAUGGAAAAGCCUCUUCUGCAAACAAGUUUGCUGUUUUUUCCAAAGCCAUCUCCAACACUGCAAAUCUAAGGAGAGUUUAACUUACUGCUAAUCUACAGUAAUAUACCUGGUCCCACUUCAAUAUUGAAAUUUUCUAGUAUCUGUAAAUUGUCCUGACCUCUAAGAAGAAGAAAUGAAUCCCAUUCAGCACUUUGACCCUUGUUUAAUAAUAGGGUAUGAUUUUCUGAUGGUGUUUUUCUCCCAGCUGCAGAAAUUCAUCUCAUCCUCGCUUCACAUCAGUUAAAGAAUUAUCCUGCAUAUCAAAAAUGAAAUAAAUAAGCAUUAAAAAUCCAAGUUGCUUCCAACAGUGGUUCUCAAAUCCAACAUCCAUUAUGGGACUUUACACAAUCAGUACUGAGCAACAAAAAGCAAAUGAAAGAGUUUCCUUUCUAUUGGACAUUAGUCUUACAAACUUUUUGGGGCUUAGUCAACACAAUAGAAAAUCUAGCCAACGGCUUUAAUGGCCCUCAAUCUUUUUAUUUACUCACGAUUCAUGAAAAUACAAAAGAUCAAGAGAAUUCUAAGGGAUAGGUAACAGACAUGUCAUAGUCUAAUUUGCGCAUUACACAUUGCCAGCAGGAUAAUAUGAAACCAGUAGUUUUAUAAGAUCUUUUGGAAAGGGUACUUUCUCAGCUCCAAAUUUGCCACUGUGUACUGGUAAAGGAGAGUGAUACAGAGGUAUAAAUGCCUCAUGUAAUAAUAGACUUUUGGUAAAUAUGAAAGAUAUAAAAAGGUAAUUGAUGUUUACUAUUAUAUCUGUAUUUUUCAUUUGUUUUUUAUUUCCAGAAGAUGAUGACAUUUUACUGUUUAUAGUUGACUACAUAGUUACUUGCAUGCCAUGGUGGUGCAGUAGCAGUAAUAAAGCCCUGUUGUGAGUUGUGUUUAUUUCGUAAUGCCAUUCAUACAUAGAAGUACUCAGCUUAAUUUGGAUGAGGACUAAAUGUACAAAUAACUAUAAAAAGGAACGAUUGUACAGUAUGUAGUUAUAUGUUAUACAGGAAUAUUAGGUUGCAUCUAACCAUGACUGCUGUAUUGUUUUGAUAAAUUAUGCAUUUAUGAAUUAUGGUAUAAUUAUUUCUUAUGGCAUGAUUGUUUCCGUAUUUUCAUAUCUUAAAAUAAGAUUAUUAUCCUAAAGUAAU